AUGGCUUUCCUCAUCAGCCUCAUCUUUUGGUCAAGCUGGUCAGCUGUGGCUUUCACAUUUCCUCAGAACACUUUUGACAAACUUUUGAAAAGGUCAAGGGUUGAAUUUGAGUCAUCUGGCGGCGGACCAGAUGAACCUGUUCGAGGAAUAGUCAAGGUCGUGCAGCUGGACCGUCAUGCCCUGGCCCAGUCAGGGUUCUUCCGGGGGGGGCUGAUCCCCAGAAGAGCUCCCUCAAGAUUGCCCUUCCCUGCCUUCUUGUCUCAGGGGCGUCCAGGUCCGGCCCCGGCCUCCAAGGCUCCCGUGAGUCCACUACACUACCUUCACCCUAAAAGCCCCACUGAAACUGAGCUAAAGAAGAGACAUGGCCUGCAGAUGUGGCAAAGGGCCAUAGACAAAGGAGACAAGUUGUCUCUGCCAGUCAACUUCAAGGACACUAAACAGACUUGCACUGCGCUACCUUUCACUCAGCGUGUGACAGCAGACGGAUGCGACACAGUGACCGUGCACAACAAGCUGUGCUUCGGUCAGUGCAGCUCCCUGUUUGUCCCGUCGGAGGGGGAGUUCACCGGGACAGGGGCCCUCCGCCACCGGGCCCCAUGCUCACGCUGCGCUCCAUCCAAAGCCCAGACUGUCACUGUGCCCCUGCGCUGUGGGGCCCAGGUCCGGCAGAAGCGAGUGAUGGUCGUGGAGGAGUGCAAAUGCGAGACAGGCAGCGAGGAGAGAAGCGUCGACGCUGCUGCAGCUCCCAUGCAGCAGCUGUAA